AUGCACCUGCUUGCGCUGCACGCGAUGCGCACGCUGCUGAUGUUGCUGGUUGUGCGGAGUGCUGCGGGCAGCGAGCUCCCCGCGCUGAAGAUGUCCACCUUCGAUGCCCAGAUUGUGGACAUCCUCUGGCUUGGGCCUGACCGCAAGAAGGUCUUGCUGAACACCAAGCGAGGUACCGUCUACGAGAGCCUGGAAGAUGGCAGGGACUGGGAGAAGAAGCCGGUGCACCCCGCACUACAGGUUGCGAGACUCAUCAUGAGUGCCGCAGACUCUUCCACUGUGGUGGCCGUGGGCUACCGGCUCGAGGUUUUUGCAAGUUUGGAUGCUGGAGAAAACUGGCACGAGGUCGUGCACCCUCCCGGCGUCAGACUUUCCUUCAUGUUCCAUCCGACGCAGCCUUCCUGGGCUCUGCUGUCUGUUUGGACCGAUGAGUGCCGGCUGACGGCGCCUGGGAGCCCGUGCUCGCACAAGUUGCUGGUGACGGAGGACCUGGGCAAUCGCCCCUUGGUGCCAGUCGCGGAGCACGUGGUGCAGUUCAGCUGGGGUAGAGGUGCCGUCAAGGAUCGCAUCUUCUUCACCCACAUCAGGGACAAGAGCAAGAGGCAGAGCGCCCUCAGCAAAUGGAUGGAGGGAGUGGACUUUGUCUCCGUAGCAGUCUCUGGCGACAAAGCUUCGCAGAGCCUUCAUGUCCAAGGCGGGAACAAGUUCGUGAUCUCCGAGCAGUACAUCCUAGUUGCACAGGUCAAGGAUGUGUCUGCACAGACGGUGAACCUCAAGGUGAGCAAGGACAGCACGACCUUCCAGCAGGCGGUGCUUCCCACAGAGCUGGACGAGAAGUCGUACACAGUCCUUGAUGCUUCUGAGAGCGAGGUCGUUCUGCACGUGAACCAUGGCAAUGGCCUUGGAAACAUCUACGUUUCGGACGAGUCGGGCACUCGCUACAUUCUGUCCUUGGAGCACAACGUGGGCUUGCAGGGUCAUGCGGCCUUCGAGAAAGUCACGAACCUGAAUGGCAUCUACUUUGCCAAUGUUUGGGCAGCCACAGACAAGCCCGCAGGCAAGCACGACCCAGUCUCGCCGACUUGGCUGGAUCACGCUGAUUACCAACUGGGCGAGGACUCCACGCAAUCCCAGACGGAGCGCUCCAUACGCUACCUCAAGGCACGCACGGAACAGACAGAAGCGCGGCAGCUCCAUCGUCGGUUGGAGUCUAGCAAUAUGUCGAUCCGGAGCCGCAUCUCCUUCGAUGCCGGCGGCAACUGGGUGCCCCUGCGGCCCCCCAGCAAGGAUUCCUUGGGGACCGACAUCACCUGCCAGGGCUGUGCCCUACACCUCCAUGAUGCAACCUUCCAAGACAAGUUCGUGCCGUUCUACUCCUACGACAAGGCAAUUGGCAUCAUCAUGGGUGUCGGGAACGUUGGGCCGCAGCUCAGCUUCGAGCCCCAGGAAGCCAACACCUACCUGUCUCGUGAUGGUGGCUUCAACUGGCUGGAGGUUAAGAAGGGAGUGCACAUCUAUGAGUUCGGGAAUCACGGGGCUGUGCUUGUGAUGGCGGACAUACUUUCUGAAACCGACGCCAUCAUUUACUCUAUGGAUGAGGGUAACUCAUGGAAGACGCUGCAUCUGAGCAGCAAGAUGAACGUGACCAACAUCCUGAUCGAGCCCCGUGCGAUCGCCACGAAGUUCCUGGCCUAUGGGAGCGUCGGAGGUGCCGGCGUCGUGCAGUUUCUGGACUUCGACGCUCUUGGCUGGAUGCCCUGCCGGAAGCCAAAUGCGCCAGGCAGUGAUGCCUCCGAUUACGAAGCUUGGUCGCCCUUGUCGGACGAAUCCGCUCACACUUGCCUCCUUGGACAGAAGACGACUUACGUCCGCCGCAAGCGCCUUUCGGAAUGCUUCAAUCGCCGGGAGAGCAAGCUGCCGGUGAUCUCAACUCCGUGCCCGUGCACUCGCGACGAUUUCGAGUGCAACCUGGGUUUCCAACUUGCUUUGGACUCCAAGAGCUGCGUCAAGUCGGAGCUUCCCCUCAUUGGAGACAUUGGAGAGGUCCAAGGGGAGCCAGCCCAAUGCCAGGUGUCAGAGUCCUAUGUAGUGGACAUGUAUCGACGAGUACCUGGUGACCGAUGUCUCGGAGGAUGGGCGCCGCCACAGUUCGAGAUGAAGUGUAAGGACCGCCAGAGCGCUGGCAGCUGGUCUGUAACGCGGCUGGUGUUGCUCCUCCUGGCCAUUGCGGGCCUGGUCUUCGUGGCAAGGUCCGAGCGAUUCCAAGACUGGUGGGAGGCCUUGGCGAACAGAUCCGAUAGGAUGGAGCACAUGGAGCUGAUCUGUGGACAGGAGUUGCCUGGCAUCCCCCGCUACCGCGCGCCGUCCGUUGCGCGUGUGCGAGUCCACGACCUCAUGAGCUCGGGGGAGCGCGACACCUUCUGCACCGAGGUGCUGGUGCAGAUGUCCGACAUGGAGGCCUGCAGCUUUCGCAACAGCGGGCUGAGCAGCGGCGCCGGCAAGGAGGUGACGAUUGCUGGCCGCGGGCUCCGGGACUUUGCCAAAGCAGCAGAUGUGAUCUCCAAAGACCUCGGGCACAUGGGCUUGCUGGAUGGGUCCGCCCUCCUCGAGCUUCGCUUCGGUGACCAAGGGGGAUCCGUUCUGUGCUGCAUGGCUGCUGGCUGCGAUGACACCGCCCGGCCGUUGCAGGACUUCUCCGCCGUCUUUAUGGUCUCCACUCGGGAGUCCACCGAACCGGGAGGAGCUGCCGCCCCGGGCGUGGCCUCGACAGCGUCCGCCGCCGCGUCCGCCGCAACCGACCCGCCCGCCGCGGCGACAGCGCCUUCUUCGGCACGCCGCCCGCAGCGUCAGGGCCCCAAGCGUCGUGCCCUGGAAGCGGCCUCCUCCGACGACUUCGGCGCCUUUCCGGAGCCGAACAGCCAGGCGCCGCGGUCGGAGGCCAGGCUGAAUGUGCGCAAAGGCCGCAAAGGCGGCGGCGCUUCAGCAGCUCAAAGCCCUGCGAUUCUGAUCGGGAUUCAAGGCGACCACUCGUCUGCCACCUACGCAGCAGCUCGCCUCACCGACGCAGGAGCGUCACCAAGUAGGGCACUGUGA